AUGAGUGAUAAAAGAAAACAAGACGCUCUUAAUUUAAUUAAAGAAGCUGAAGGACAUGUUAAAACAAGUCUCUUUAAAUGGAAACCAGAUAACACUUCUGCUGCUUCUUGUUAUGAAAAAGCAUCCAAUAUUUUUAGAGGACUUCAAAUGUUUUAUGAGGCUGGUGAGAAUUUUUGUAGAGCAGGAGAAUGUUAUCAAAGAGAACGAUUACCACUUCCUGCAGCAAGAGAUUUUGAAAAUGCAAGUGAUAAUUAUUUAAGAGCUGAAAAAUGGAAGGAUAUGGUUUCUGCAGCUGACACUGCAAGUGAAUUAUAUGCAGAGACAAAUCAAUCAGAACGAGUUCCACAAUGCUUAAUUAAGAAAGCAAAUGGACUAGAACACAUUAAUGGUGUUGAAGCUGUUAAAACUUAUAAAAAAGCAAUUGACCAAUUUGUUGAAAUAAAAAAGACAAUGUUUAUUGGUCAAAGCAUCCAAAAAGCUAUUUCAUUUGGAGUUAAAGCAAAAUUAUAUAAUGAAACUAUUGACUUUCUUGAUAGUGCUAUUAUUGCACAUAUGUCAAUGAAACAAGAACAUGAAGUGAAUAGAGAUAGAUUAUCUCAAAUUUUGAUUUACUUUAUUAAUAAUAAACUUCAAGAUGCAUCAAACUUAUUAGACGAUAAAUUAGAAUGUUUCAUUGGAAGUGAUGAGCAUAUUUUUGCAGCAAGAUUUAUGGAUGCAUAUGAAGGAGGUGAUGUUGAGACUUUUGAAAAGUUAAAAAAUGACUCAUCAUUUAGAUUUUGUAAUCAAGAAAUUGUCUUUAAAGUAAAAGACAUUAAUAUUCCAAAAGAUAUUGUAGAAGCUGCUGAAAAAGCUAAGAAAGAAGCUCUUCCAUCAGGUCCAAUUCAAUUUAAUGAAGAAUUUAUGACCCAAAAAGAAGUAACUAAAACAGAUACUAUGUCUACUACUCAUAUUAGUCAAGAGCAAAUGAAAGCAUUUGAGUCAUUAACUUCUGGACUUCCAGUUGCAAUGGGACAAUGUGCAAAUACAGUUAACUCACAAGAAAUUCCAGAGAUAAAUGAAGAAGAUAUGAGUGCUUUAUUAUAAUGGAACUAAAGAUAUUUGACAAUAACACAAAUCCAAUUAACUUUAAAUUCAAUAAGUUCAAAACAA